AUGGCCGACAAAAAGACCGUCUGCAUCAUCGUUGCCGGCCUCCCAAGAACAGGCACUCUAAGUCUCAAAGCAGCGCUUGAGCAGCUGGGCUAUGGACCAUGCCACCAUCUACUGGAACCACUCGCCCAGGUCACGCGCAUGCAACUUUCCGCAGAAGUGCUCGAAACCGAAGAUCGUGCCACACGGCAGAAAAGGUUCCUCGAUCUCUACGAAGGCUACGAGGCCAUCCUCGACAACCCCGGCAGUGUUUGCGUCGAUGAUCUCAUCGCCCUCUAUCCAGACGCAAAGGUUAUCCUCACCAAGCGCACCUCCGCCACCACCUGGCUCGACUCCUACCACGGCAUCGGCAUCGAGCCCGCAUCCCUCCGCUUCCGCUACCUCGCGCACUGGACCCCUGCUGCCGUCUCCAGCUCCCGCGUCAUGGCCGCCUGGCUCGCCAUCAGUGCCAAGCGCUUCGAUAUCCCUGCCCAGCCGUCUGUCGCGCUGUAUGAAGCGCACAAUGCCUGGGUGCGCAAGAUCACGCCGCCAGAGCGGCUGCUGGAGUUUGAGCCUGGCAUGGGCUGGGAGCCGUUGUGUGCAUUCCUAGGGAAGAAGAUGCCGGGGACGGCGUACCCGAGGCGUAACGAUAGGCGCUAUCUGAGGGGCAUCAAGAGGCUGGGUAUUGCGGUGAGCUUGUUGGUGAACGUUCUGCUCGUCCUCGUGGGGAUGUUCGCGGUACGCCACUUCUCUAGGCUUGCGCCCCACGCCCUUGGUGGUGGCGCUGAGGUAUAG